AUGGCGGCGACCGUCGCGGCGCCGGGGCCCUUCGCGUCGCGUGCGAGCAGUACGAGUGAGGAAGACGAUGACUUGGGCCGCGCCAGUGGCGGCGGUGGCGGCGGUGGCGACGGUGGCGAUUUUGGUGGCUUUCUCCAAGACGUGACUGGUAGCGGUUCAGCGCAGGAAGAUGAAUGGCAGCCACAGCAGCAGCAGCAGCAGCAGCAGCAGCAGCAGCAGCAGCAGCAGCAGUCGACCUACUUGACAGCGCUCACAACCUCAUCGACUUCAGCAGACGAGGCAAGCACUGUCGAGCCCUCCGCCACACCCGCCGCCAUUCGCGCAGAAACUGCUGCACGCGCAGCAUGGCAGCAUGCCGAAUCCGGUGGUGAUGCUGCCAACCAUGCCAACGCCGAUCAGAACGCGCAUGGCAAACCCAGCGCCGCGGAUGGCGGUGGUGAUACGCGCCACGCACGCCGUGCGAUUGAAGGAAACGGUGAAAGCAGUGCGAGCGGUGCAGGCGGCGGAAGCUACGGUUCGCAGCGGUUCUACACGGUGACGGGCGAGGGCGACUACUGCGCGGGCGAGUCGCACUGGACGUGGAGCUUCCUGUGCGCCGCGGCGGAGGCGAAGGCUCUCAACCGCACGCUCGUCAUUCCCAUGGCUAGGUGCCUGGACGCAAAGCAUACUUUGUCCCAUCUGACGGAGGAGAAACCGAUGGCGCUGUACUAUGCGAUGGACCACUGGCCGCGCAUCCAGCCCAUAAUGCUGAGUCUCGAAUUCGAGCUCAGGUUCGGGCCGCUGAACGUGACGAUUCUGAGGGAGCGGCACAAGAUGAGCGUGCGGGAGUUCGAAGCGGAGGAGCCGACGAGCAGGCUGGAGAGCGAGGAUGUGCGCAGUGCCACUCUCAUCGUGCGCAACGCGCGGUUUGCGUACGAGAUGUGUAGUGAACGCAGGAAAGAGAGGCGUCUAGUGCGCAAUUACAACCUGAUCCAGCGGCCCAGGUACCUGCGGCGGUUGGCGCAUGCCAUUCAGCGCAGCAUUGGGGGGGCAUAUGAUGCCGUGCAUGUGCGGCGAGGAGACAAGCUCAACCGCUACUUCUGGCCACACCUCGACCGGGAUACCCGCCCUGAUGCCCUCCUGAAAAAGCUCCCGCGCUUCAUAAAGCCGGGGCGCCACGUGUACAUAGCGUCGAACGAGCGCACGCCGGGCUUCUUCAGCCCGCUCGCCUCGCUCUACAAGAUCCACGUGCUCUCCGACUACCGCCACCUCUGGGCGCCGGGCAGUGACUGGUACAACGAGUGCUGGGAGCUUAUGCAGAGGCACCGAGUCACGUUCGGAGAGACUGGCCCGGUGUUUGAUGCUCAGAUGCAGUGGAUGGUGGAUCAGCUAUUAUUGAGUCAGGCAAGGAAGAGAGUGGAGACAUUUCCUGACCUCACUAACGACAAGAGACACGCCAGCAGAUUAUAA